UGCGCUAAGCCCGCCAAAGUGAUAGUACGUCAUCUGCGUGAAAAGUGUAGUGAAUGGUAGCUUUAUUUUGAGCUGAUUUAACAUGUUCGAUGCAGUUUCCCACGUUUCAAUAAUAUACAUUUUUUAAUUCUGCCCGCCAAUAACCCAGCACGUACCAGAGAUUAAGUAAAGCGUGUUGUCAACACUUUCACCCGUAGAGCACGCAGCUUCCCACGGAGAAACCGUGUGAGGGAAAAUUCAGGGAAAAUGAUCUUUUUCACAAUAACAUAUGAUAUCCGAUGCUGCAGGUGAACCAUGUACACAAGAACGUAUACUACGAACAAUGCGAAAACACCACCUAGAGUACGAUUAAAAUUUCCACAAUUUAUAGGAGUAAUUAUAUUUUUACUUCUGUGCCACGUAGUUAAAAGUAACCGACCACCGAGAUUCUUAAUAGACGGGCGUUCUGAAAUCGUAAUAAGACUGAAAGAGGGCCCCGACACACCAGUUGGUAGCCUUAUAUACAGACUAAGAGGGAUAGAUCCAGAUGGAGACGCUUUACAAUUUGGUAUUCGAAACCAAAUCGGUAGUGAUAUUUUAAGAAUAGAAGCCAUUUCAUCCAACGAAGCUAAUAUAUAUUUAGUUAAGGAAUUAGAUAGAGAGGUGCGUGAUGAAUACUCAUUUGUUUUAACCCUUACGGACGGUCACUUAGGUGAGGGUAACUUUAUAACGCAAAGUUUCUUAUUGCUAGUGGAGGACGUCAACGACAACGAACCUAUUUUUAAACCAUAUCCUUCCGCCAUAACGGUUAAGGAAGAUGCCCAACCUGGGAUUUUAACUACAGUGGAAGCAACUGAUUUAGACGAAGGAGCUUACGGUCAAGUUUUAUAUCACUUACAAGAACUAGAUGGAGACGAAGAUAGCUUUUCAGUCCAAACUGUAAAUGGGAAAGGAGUUAUACGUUUAAUAAAUAGUUUGGAUUACGAACGUAAAUCCCUUUACCAACUUCGAGUAUUGGCAGUGGACAGAGCAAACCAGGGAAGAAUUAAUACUGGGACUGCAGCAAUUCUUAUUAAAGUUCAGGAUAUAGAGGAUCAGCCACCAGAGUUUGUGGUAGCUACUCCAGUUACACGAAUUAGCGAAGAUUCACCUGUUGGAACUUCUGUUUUGCAAGUCAGAGCUAUUGAUGGCGACCGUGGUAUUAAUAACAGAAUCUCCUAUAGCAUCAUAUCAGGGGGGGAGGAACACUUUGAAAUUGACACAAGUUCAGGCAUUGUAUACACUGUCAAUCUGCUGGAUAGAGAAGACCCUAAUAACAGCAAUGGGGCUUAUAUUUUGGAGAUUUUGGCUACAGAAGAAUCACAUAUCAUAUCCCCACUACCAAGUGCUACAACCGAAGUGACAAUCAUAGUAACUGAUGUAAAUGAUGAGAAACCAAGGUUUAGGAGUGAAAAAUAUGUGUGCGAAGUUAUAGAGAAUGCACAACAAAACACUCCAAUCACAUUCCUUCAAGAUGCUUUGCCUGAAGUCUAUGAUUAUGAUCAGGGCAAGAAUGGAACAUUUGAACUGUAUAUAGUUGAUGACAAUGGUGUCUUUGAUGUAACACCAUUUAAGGGAAUCAAUGAAGCAUCAUUCCUAAUAAGAGUCAAUAAUCCUUUGUACCUUGACUAUGAGAAGAUUACUGUGAUGAAUUUUAGCCUUGUUGCCAAAGAAAUUGUUACCAAAGAUGCUAAAAUGAGUGUGGUCCCAAUCACAGUACACAUAAAGGAUGAGAAUGAUAAUUAUCCAGAGUUCACGCAAUCUGUAUACACAGUGUCGAUACCUGAGAACUGUGAUGUUGGCACCACAAUAGCAUGGGUUCAAGCCUUAGACCAAGAUUCAGAUAAUUAUGGUACAAGGGGUAUAAGAUACACUGGUCUCAGUGGAAGCAUUGCUCAUUUGUUAAACUUGAAUCCAAUAUCCGGAGCCAUAACUGUAAAACAAGCGGGGGGUGAUAGUUUCGAUAGAGAGCUCGUAUCUCAGCAUUACAUAACGGUUGAAGCGCGAGACGAUUUAGGCAAAGGCAAUAGAAAUACAGCGCAGUUAAUAAUCAACAUAGAGGAUGUAAACGACAAUGCUCCAAUGUUCCUCGCCAAUAAAUAUGAAGCGAGAUUACUUGAGAAUGAGUUGGAGUUUGAAAAUCCACUGAUUGUGGAAGCGAGAGAUCUGGAUUUAAAUGGUACGAAAAACAGCCAUAUCGAAUAUUCCAUAGUGGGCGGAGAUCAUAGGAAAAACUUUACAAUAGAUCCGAAUUUGGGCAUCAUCACUCCUGUAUGUGGGCUCGACUUUGAACAGAUUCCGGGCGACAAUUCAAAUAUACGACCUAUUUAUUUGACGGUCCGCGCGCAAGACUUCGGCACGCCGCGGCGCGCGUCCACGGCGCCGGUGACGGUGUACGUGCAGGACGCGAACGACCACGCGCCGCAGUUCGCGCUCGCCGCCUACAGGCGCGCCGUGCCGGAGGACAUGCCCGCCGGGACCGCCGUUGUCGAGGUGAAAGCCCGCGACAAUGACGGAUCAUACCCAAACAACCGUAUAGUAUACCGCAUUCAAAGAGGCGCUAGCGACAAAUUCGUCAUAGACUCGCAUUCGGGCGUAGUCUCAGUCGCUAACGGCUCCAGUCUAGAUCCAGACAGAACUGAUCCUAAAGUCACGAGAUAUAUCCUUACUGUGGUGGCGUUAGAUGGUGGUAUCGGUGAACACCAAUUGAGUGCAGCCGUCCUUGUCAAUAUUACCAUAGUGGAUGUUAACAACAAGCCGCCGAUACUUGUUGAGCCAGGAACCGUGCAAGUUGUGGAGAAUGUUCAGGUUGGCACAAUAAUAUACCGCGCCAUGGCGUAUGACCCGGACGAGCAACCAGUACUGCGAUAUUCCAUAGACAAGCAGAACAGUUACGCGCGAAACGAAGAUGGCGUCCAAGUGCUCGCCACAGAUUAUGACUUUUUGGCGCUUUGGGAUUUGAAUACGGUUGAUGGAGCUUUGAGGAUAGUUCGAAUGUUGGAUAGAGAAAAAGUAGAACUAAUAAAGCUAGUUAUAACAGUAGAAGACAUGGCGGCAAUACAAGGCGGGCCUAAACAGACGGCGUCAGCAACGUUAACAAUUAUAGUAUUGGACCAAAACGAUAAUAAUCCAAAGUUCCGGAAACCAUUUUAUAAGACGUCGAUUCCAGAAAAUUCUAAGAACGGAGCGCAUAUUGUAACUCUGUUAGCUGACGAUGCAGAUAAAAAUCGGACAAUGACUUACGUACUUGACGGUCCAAGUGCGCCCUUAGGGCUUGUGCAUAUAGACAAAAAGUCUGGAGAAGUGGUUGUGUCGAAUAAAAUUGAUCAUGAAGUGUACCCUUGGCUUAAUCUUACUGUAAAAGCGAUAGAUAGCGGAGUGCCUCCUAGACAUGCUGUUGUGGAUUUGUUUAUUCAGAUAUUGGACGAAAAUGAUAAUAAUCCGGUUUUUGAAUCGCAACCAUUUGAAUAUCACAUUAAGGAAGAUACAGAGCCCGGUACAAUAAUUGCUAACAUUGUAGCUAAAGAUGUGGAUUCCGCAGAAUAUGGGAAAAUAACCUAUUUGUUGGAUCGAAUGUCCACACAGGGGAAAUUUCUAAUAAACGCGGAAACAGGAGCGCUAACAGUGUCCGAUUGGCUAGACCGUGAAACACAGUCCACAUACAAUCUAGUUGUGGAAGCGUGGGAUAACUAUCAGUUUGGAUACCUUAGUGGAGAGAGUAGAAAUGCUUUUAAACAAGUUGUCAUCACGAUAGAGGACGUGAACGACAACCCUCCCAUAUUACACGUGCCCGAAGAUUGUGCGACCAUCAGUGAGUUCCACAAUCACAGGGAACCCAUAGUAUCCGUAUCUGCUACGGAUGCUGAUGAUAACAACUUGCCCAAUGGAAGGGUGCAGUUCCAUUUAGUAGCCGGAAAGGGAUAUGAACUGUUUCGCUUCGAACAAGUGGGUGGAGACGCUAACACGGGGCGUUUAUUCGCAAAGCAAUCGUUGAAAGAUAGAUUUGGGAACUAUACGUUGAUUGUAGAGGCGAGAGAUUUGGGAAUACCCCCCAACACAGUGCGGGGAGAGUUGAAGUUAUGUGUUACAGACUAUAACGAUCACGCGCCUAUUUUUGUGCAUCCACCCCAAAAUGUCACUAUAAAAGUACCCGAGAACGCAACGAUAGGCACGACGGUGGUGACGGUGCGCGCGAUCGACGCGGACAUCGGGCCCAACGGCGCGGUGCGCUACCGCCUGCGCGGCGCCCGCGCCUUCGCCGUGCACCCCGCCACCGGCGCGCUGCGCACCGCCGCGCCGCUCGACCGCGACAAGCAGCCCGUCUACCAGCUCAGGAUAGAGGCGUACGAUCUAGGCUUACCGACUCCACUAAGCUCGGACCUAGAUCUAACAAUAUACGUCCAAAAUGUAGACAACUAUCGUCCUAGGUUUCCAUAUAAACACACAUACAUAAACAUCACUGAAAAUGUAUCCAACUAUACUACAUUUUUACCUGGUGUCAUAGAAAGAGAUGAAAUAGAUAGAGGCGAUGAACCGGUGUUGCCAGUAUGUUUUUACAUCGUGGACGGUGACGGGGAUGCCAUGUUCACACUGGACAGAAGUAGUCAUAGAUUAACAUCAAAACCGUUAGACCGAGAACUAAAAUCUAACUACACAUUGACAGUACUAGCGACGGAGGAUUGUUUAAAUAAACCUCAGUAUAACGAAAAACUGGACGCUGUUAGCAGUAUCAAGGUCCAUAUCAAUGUUGAUGACGUCAAUGAUAAUAGACCCAAGUUCAUAAGCAAAAUAUUCACUGGAGGCAUCACUACGGAAGCUGAUUUUGGCAUUGAAUUUAUGCAUGUCAAGGCAGUAGAUUUAGAUGAAGGCGAAAACGCGAAAGUUAACUACUACCUCGUGGGAAACGUAAAGGAAACCCUAACAGAAGGGCUAGAGAACCUCGCCGUGUCGCCGUUCCUUGUUGAUGUGAAUACAGGCGCUAUUUCACUUAACUUCGACCCACAGAAGGGCAUGAAGGGAUACUUUGAUUUUAAGAUACUAGCCAACGACACAGACGGUCUAUAUGACGAGGCGCACGUAUUCAUAUACCUCUUGCGUGAGGACCAACGCGUGCGUUUCGUUCUACGCUCACACCCGUCGGAAGUUCGCGACAAAAUCAAUAUUUUCCGCGAAAACCUCGCUCGAGUCACACAGUCGGUUGUUAAUAUAGACGAUUUGAGGGUACACGAGAAUAAAGACGGCUCAGUGGAUAAUACGAAGACGGACCUGUAUCUGCACCUCGUUAACGAUGAGGACCACUCGGUGUUGGAGGUGGAACAAGUGCUGCGGUUGGUUGAUAAGAAUAUCGAACAGCUCGAUGAUUUGUUGAAGGUGAGAACGUAUAAAACAAGUUUAUAA